UGGGCAAAGGCAGGCCAGGAUUCUCUGGCUGUUCCUUUAAGGGAACGUGGAUGCUGAAAGAAAGCCAACUGGAGGCGAUUUCGAAGGAGGUGUCAGAGCAAGCUGAAGUACCAGAAAAACAGGAAAAGCACAAAACCCAAACAGAAUCCAGUAGCUGCAAUACACACAGUCCGGCCAGAAGAAAGACUGGUAACACUAAAAGGAGACUUUUCCCCUGGAAGUAAGAAAGGAAGAGCUCCAGCAGGCAAGAGGCCAUGGGCUGCUGGAAGCAAGAGAAAAGGAACACCUGGAUUUUCCCCACCCUGAUCCUCUGCCUCUAUGGAUUCUUCUACAUGAUGAAACCAUCAGAACCUUUCCUAACACCCUAUCUAACAGGACCAGAUAAAAACCUGACCGUGGAUGAGGUUACCAACCAGAUUUUGCCUGUUUGGACGUACUCCUACCUGGCCCUCCUGUUCCCAGUCUUCCUGCUCACGGACUACCUGCGCUACAAGCCCGUCCUCCUCCUCCAGGGCAUCAGCCUCGUCCUCACGUGGCUGCUGCUCCUCUUCGCACACGGAGUGAUGGCCAUGCAGCUGGUGGAAUUCUUCUACGGGAUGGUGACGGCCACCGAGGUGGCCUAUUACGCCUACAUCUACAGCGUGGUCAGUGCCCAGCGCUACCAGAGGGUGACGAGCUACUGCAGGAGCAGCACUCUGGUGGCAGCCACUGUGGCCGCCGUGCUGGGACAGCUGCUGGUGUCCUUGGCAGACGUGUCCUACUUCUACCUCAACGCCAUCACCUUGGCCUCCGUCUCCCUGGCGUUCCUGUGCGCCUUUUUCCUCCCCAUGCCCCAGAAGAGCAUAGCCCCCCAACAGCAGCCUGGCAAUGCCAAGCCCCGCCAUCACCUGCUCCGAGUGCUGGUGCAGCUGAGCAGGGACCUGAGGGAUUGCUACAGCUCCAGGAAACUUCUCUACUGGUCCCUCUGGUGGGCUCUGGCUACGGCCGGCUUUAACCAAGUGGUGAAUUAUAUCCAAGUGCUGUGGGACCUGCGAGCCCCCUCGCACAGCUCUGCAGUGUACAACGGAGCUGUCGAAGCACUGGCCACUUUUCUGAGCUCGGUAACAUCCUUCCUAGUGCAAUACCUGAAAAUUAACUGGGACCUUUUUGGAGAGCUGGCUUUAGGGAUCUUCUCUGCAGUAGAUGCUGGUUCUCUGUUUCUCAUGCACUACUCUACCAACAUCUGGGCAUGUUAUGCUGGCUAUCUCAUUUUCAAGGCCUGCUACAUGCUCCUCCUGACAAUAGCAACGUUCCAGAUUGCCAUCAACCUGAGCAUGGAACGCUAUGCCCUGAUGUUUGGAUUCAACAACUUCAUUGCCCUGCUGAUUCAGACCGUUCUCACAAUAGUUGUUGUGGAUUCGAGAGGCCUGGGGCUGGACAUAGUGACUCAGUUUCUCAUUUAUGGCAGCUACUUCGCAGUCAUAGCUGGAAUUUUCCUCAUCAGAAGCACAUACACCAUUAUCUCCAUCAAAUGCAGAAACACCAGUGGGGCUGGUGAAAGCACUGGUCAUUAACAACAGAGACAAGAAGAAUGGUUGCAAGCAACGGCGCAGAAGUCUCCAUCAUCUGAACGACAAAUCAGGAGACACAUAUAAUGUUCCAUCAAGCAAACCUGGUGCAGGUUGAAGCAGGCUGCUAAGGAGCCUACAGCACAGAGAGCUUUGGCAGCAGCAAUGCAUUCUGCCCAUUUCCUUCAUCCUUAGUUUAACUCAACGUUACUGGUCAACACCCAAAAUUCAAUUCAUGCUCAGCAAACAAACAAGCACAGGCAGAUGCCUGAACUUCACACCAGAACUCACAGAACACAACCUCUGGAACUUCACUCCUGAGUAUUUCAAUUAAAGGCAAUUUAGCCACUGACACGAGACCUUCAGACACUCCUAGGGAAUAUAAAGCAGCAGGUGCCGCUGGCAGGAAGAUACCUGUUGGAAAGCUUGCCACAGAGAAAACACUUUUUCAACCAGAAGUUGUGGUGUAAGAUUUUCAAAACAAGUUAACAAAGCAAUAAAUUUUUUGUACCCAAAAGAUGCUACUCAAAUGUUGGAUUACUACCAUGUGAUUUAGUACAGCAAUACUGUCAUUUUCCCAGUGGUCAAAUGCAGGCAUUUCAGAUUCCACACAGACAAUGCA